AUGGCCCACUCUCAACAUCGGCGUCCAUCCUUUCUCAUCGAUGACAUCCUAACUCCGAAGCCGCACGUUCCCCAUGCCUUUACGGGAAGUUCCCAAAUUACUUCCAUCCCUGCAUCAGUUCCCACGUGUCCUUUGUACGCCGCGCCGUACUUCUCGCCAACAACUGCCGCAACCUGCCACUAUCUCGGCAAGGCUCUAGAGCACAGUCCCUUGAUUUUUUCCGCUGCAGGCUUGCCGUUCCAUGCUCUGUUGACUACGGAACCCUCUUCCAAGGCUUGUCGACGCCGUAAGGCCCGCACCGUUUUCAGCGACCAACAACUUCACGGGCUGGAGAAGCGUUUCGAGGCUCAGCGGUACUUGUCAACUCCGGAACGGUUGGAACUCGCGACGGCCCUCAGUUUAUCUGAAACACAGGUGAAAACGUGGUUCCAAAACCGUCGAAUGAAACACAAGAAACAGUUACGGAAGUUGAAUGAAGAGCAUAAUGCACACGAGGUUCGUGAAACCGGCCGUCUUAGCAGUACGAGCCCUCAGGAGGAAACAAGCAACAGCGGGGAUUACGACUCAAUGAUGGCAGAACCAGAAGUAGACGUUGUUGGUGACCAAGACCAUUGA